AUGGAUAAAACAUUAAAAUUUAUUUCUUUUAUUCUAUGGUUAAUUCGUAGUUUUUUAUCAAUAUGGAUUAAACUUGGUUUUCGUUUAAUAUUUGGAAAUCAAAAAUUUAAAUUACCACCUAUAACAAAUCAAAUAUUACUUCAACCAGCAACUGUAAUUGCUAAACGUAUUCGUCAACGACAAGUAACAGCUUAUGAAGUUGUUCGUGCUUAUGUUGAACGAAUAAAAACUAUACAACCUUAUUUAAAUGUUUAUGUUGAUGAAAGAUUUGAACAAGCAUUAAAUGAAGCACGACAAAUAGAUGAAAUAUUAGAUAAUGGAAAUUCAUUACCUGAACAAUAUAGCGAAGAACAAGCACCAUUUCUUGGUGUUCCAUUUGCUAUUAAAGAAUCAAUGCAAUUUCCUGGUUUUCAUAAUUCAACUGGAAUUGAGGCAAGAAAAGAUAUUAUAUCAACUGAAACAGCAAAAUCAGUAGAAAAUAUGAUAAAAUCAGGUGCUAUUCUUUUAUGCAAUACGAAUGUUAGUGAAGGUUGUAUGUGGUUUGAAUCACGAAAUUCUCUUUAUGGUGUAACGAAUAAUCCAUAUGAUUUAACAAGAAUUGUUGGUGGUAGUUCAGGUGGUGCUGGUUGUAUUGUUUCAGCAGCUGGUGUACCAUUUUCUGUUGGUGCAGAUAUAGGCGGAAGUAUUCGAUUACCUUCAUUUAUGAAUGGAAUAUUUGGACAUAAAACAACACCUAAUAUAGUUCCUAAUGAUGGUCAAUAUCCACCACAUAAAGAUCAUCAUCAAAAAUAUCUAUUAGCAACAGGACCAAUGUGUCGUUAUGCAUGUGAUUUACAACCAAUGCUUAAAGUAUUGGCAGGUUCAGAAAAUAUUGACAAAUUAAUAGAUAUUGAUACUCCGGUUGAUUUAAGUAAAUUACGUUAUUUUUAUAUUGAUGAAAUGGAUGCUUAUUUUGUUAAUAAAGUUGAUGAAGAACAAAAAUUAGCUCAUCGACGAGUAGUCGAACAUUUUGAACAUAAAUAUAAAAUUCAUAUACCACGUUUACGAUUAAAUCGUCUUCGUUAUGCUGUAUCAUUAUGGUCAGCAAUGAUGGUUGAUGGUGAAUUAUCAUCAAGUGAUUUUUCAUUAUCACUUUGUAAUAAUACAUAUGUAAAUGGUUAUCAUGAAUUAUUAAAAAAAUUUUUAUUUCGUUCAACACAUACAUUACCAGCUAUAGGUCUUCUUAUAUUAGAAGCAUUACCAAAUAAAUAUAAUAGACGUUUUCAUAGAUUAGCACAUAAAUUUUUUGAUGAAAUUCAAGUAUUAUUAGGUGAUGAUGGAGUUUUAUUAUUUCCAACAUUUCCUCAAUCAGCACCAUUUCAUGGUUGGCCUUUAAUUAUGAAUACAUUUGAUUAUAUUUAUUGUGGUAUUAUUAAUGCAUUAGGUUUACCAUCAACACAAUGUCCAUUAGGAUUAGAUAGUCAAUAUUUACCAUUAGGUAUACAAUGUAUUGCUGGUCGAGGUCAUGAUAAAUUAAGUUUAGCUGUUGCACAAGAAAUUGAACAAACUAUGGGAGGAUGGGUACAACCAAGUAGAAUGAAAUCUUGUUAA